AUGAGCGGCGCGCCGCCCAAGGAGCACCCGGACCCGCUUAAGGAGACGCCGCGGUAUGUCAAAAUCGCGGACCUCUCCAGCGGAUCCUUCGGGUUUGUGCAGCUGGCGCGCAACACAGAGACCAAUGAGCUUGUGGCCAUCAAGUUUAUAGAGAGGGGCGACAGGCAGGCGGAGGGGCAACCCAGCCGCGGCAACGGAGUCCGCAGCGGCAGCGGCGGCGGCGGCGGCAGCGGCGGCGGCAGGGGCAUGCACCAGACUGCAGCAGCAACGGCACCGCGGCGCAUAGCGAGCUCCGCAGGCAUCCUGCGGGCACGAGCGCUCGGGAAACAGCAGCAGCAGCCGCAGGCCGGCGGCGGGCGCAGGCAGCUGCUUGGCCUUGAGGUGAAUCGGUACGUGGAGGCGGAGAUCCUCAACCACCGGUCGCUGCGGCACCCUCACGUCAUCGAGUUCAAGGAGGUGUUUGUGACGAGCGAGUACAUCUGCAUCGCCAUGGAGUUUGCGAGCGGGGGGUCGCUCUUCACGUACGUGCAGCGGGCGGUGCGGCUAAAGGAGGCGGCGGCGCGUUGGUUCUUCCAGCAGCUGAUCAUAGGGCUGGACUACUGCCACCGCAAGGGGGUGGUCAACCGCGACAUCAAGCUGGAGAACACGCUGCUGCAGGUGACGGGGAUUGUACUGGUGUCGCUGGGUCCCGUCCUGGAGGGUCGCAUUGGUGUGUCAGGCCCGCACCUGGCCUCGGAGGUCGACUGCAUUGCGGCGGUUUUGGCAAAGAGCGCUGUGUCGUUCACGAAGUAA